AAUAUCGAGUACUCGGUCUGUGCUUACACGUUGUUGCAGCUGGCUGACGAAAUUGAUUGUUUUGUAUUUGCAUUUAUUGCCGAAAGUCCACCGGAACAGCAGCAAAAUGCAGUUUAUGACAGCCAAAAUGGUGCGCGAUGCCUAUUUGGGCUUCUUUAAAGAGAAGAAGCACAUUUAUGUCCAUUCGUCGAGUACAAUACCAUUAGAUGAUCCCACUCUAUUGUUUGCCAAUGCUGGCAUGAAUCAAUUUAAGCCUAUCUUUUUGGGUAUUGCUGAUCCCAACAGCGAGAUGUCCAAGUGGGUUCGUGUGGCCAACACUCAGAAAUGUAUUCGUGCUGGUGGCAAGCAUAAUGAUCUGGACGAUGUGGGCAAGGAUGUGUAUCAUCACACAUUCUUUGAGAUGUUGGGCAAUUGGUCCUUUGGUGAUUAUUUCAAAAAGGAGAUUUGCACUUGGGCUUGGGAAUUCCUUACGGAUCGUCUUAAAUUGCCCAAGGAUCGCUUGUAUGUGACAUAUUUUGGUGGCGAUGAAGCCAGCGGCCUGGAGCCGGAUCUAGAAUGCAAGCAAUUGUGGUUGGAUUUGGGAAUAAAACCUGAGCACGUUUUGCCAGGCAGCAUGAAAGAUAAUUUCUGGGAAAUGGGUGAGACAGGACCCUGUGGUCCAUGUUCGGAAUUGCAUUUUGAUCGCAUUGGAGGACGAAGUGUACCCGAGUUAGUCAAUCAGGACGAUCCCGAUGUUUUGGAGAUAUGGAAUCUUGUGUUUAUCCAAUACAAUCGCGAAUCUGAUGGCAGUCUGAAGCCAUUGCCCAAAAAGCACAUAGAUUGUGGCAUGGGAUUUGAGCGUCUGGUUUCUGUUAUCCAAAAUAAACGUUCCAAUUAUGAUACAGAUUUGUUUCAACCGCUGUUCGAGCAUAUUCAGAGUUCAACUGGAGCACCGGCCUAUCAGGGACGUGUUGGAGCCGAUGAUAGUGACGGCAUUGAUAUGGCUUACCGUGUACUAGCAGAUCACGCCAGGACCAUAACUAUUGCCCUUGCCGAUGGCGGUACUCCCGAUAACACUGGUCGUGGCUAUGUUCUUCGCCGUAUUUUAAGACGUGCUGUGCGUUAUGCCACUGAGAAAUUAAAGGCCAAGCCAGGCAUGUUUGCCUCAUUGGUGAAUACUGUUGUUGAGCUGCUUGGCGAUGCUUUCCCAGAGGUGAAAAAGGACCCCCAACAUAUUAUUGAUAUCAUCAACGAGGAGGAGCAACAAUUCUUGAAAACGUUAACACGUGGUCGUAAUUUACUUAAUCGCACCAUUGAGAAAUUGGGUGCCGACCAGAAGAUCAUUCCAGGUGAUGUGGCCUGGCGUUUGUAUGAUACCUAUGGCUUCCCUGUAGAUCUUACCCAACUGAUGGCGGAAGAAAAAUCACUUGAAAUCGAUAUGGCUGGCUAUGAAGCAGCCAAACAAAACUCGUACAUUCUAUCUCAGGGCAAGGGAUCCAGUAAGAUUGAGGAAAUCAAUCUUGAUGUACAUGCAAUAUCACAGCUCCAGGAUCAAGGAGUUCCCACUACAAAUGAUUCAUUUAAAUACAAAUACGAAGCCGAGUCGGAGGAGCGUGAUUCACCCUACAACUAUGAGACAUGCAGCAGUAAAAUUUUGGCCAUUCGUUUUGAGAAUCAGUUUGUUCAGUCUAUUAGCAACGGACAGAAGGCCGGAAUUGUUCUAGACAACACCAAUUUCUAUGCAGAGAGUGGUGGUCAAAUCUAUGAUCAAGGUGCUCUUGUGAAGGCGAACGAUGAGGCCAAUGAGUUUCUGGUAGAUCGUGUCUACAAUCGUGGUGGUUACAUUCUGCAUAUUGGUGUCGUUGAGGGCACUUUAGCCGUUGGCGAUGAUCUUCAGCUGCACAUUGAUGUGACCCGCCGUUGGCUUACCAUGAAGAAUCAUUCAGCCACACAUGCUUUAAACCAUUGCCUCCUCCAGGUACUGGGCAAGGAUACAGAACAAAAAGGUUCAUUGGUUGUACCCGAGAAACUGCGUUUCGAUUUUAAUACCAAGGGAGCGAUGACCAUUGAACAGGUCGCCAAGACCGAGGAGCUUACCCGGCAGAUGGUCUACAAGAAUGUUCCCAUUUAUGCCAAGGAAUCGAAGUUGGCUGUAGCUAAAAGCAUAAGAGGUCUGCGUUCCGUCUUCGAUGAGGUCUAUCCGGAUCCAGUGCGUGUUAUUUCAUUCGGUGUACCCGUUGAGCAACUCGAAGAGCAGCCCAAUGGCGAAGCUGGCGACAACACAUCUGUUGAAUUUUGCGGUGGCACUCAUCUGCGACGCUCUGGUCAUAUUAUGGACUUUGUUAUUAGCAGCGAAGAGGCCAUUGCCAAGGGCAUACGCCGCAUUGUGGCUUUGACUGGUCCGGAGGCUAUAAAAGCAAUCAAAAAGUCGGAACAAUUCGAACAAGAAAUUGUCACACUUAAGGCUACCAUAGAGGCCGAUACUACGGGCAAGGACUCUAAGCAACAUGUCAAGCAAAUUGUUGAACUAACCGAACAAAUUUCUCAUGCUACCAUACCGUAUGUGAAAAAGGAUGAAAUGCGUAAUUUGCUUAAAUCUCUGAAGAAAACACUCGACGAUAAGGAGCGUGCCUUGCGUGCCGCGGUCUCUGUAACUGUUGUGGAGCGCGCAAAGGCAUUGUGCGAAGAGAAUCCCACUGCUACUGUCUUGGUUCAACAACUGGAGGCCUACAACAAUACCAAGGCUUUGGAUGCUGCCCUCAAACAGGUGCGAAGCCAGUUACCCGACACUGCUGCCAUGUUCUUCUCAGUCGAUGUGGAUUCCAAGAAGAUUUUUUGCCUCAGCUCAGUGCCCAAGAGUGCUGUGGAGAAGGGUCUAAAAGCCAACGAAUGGGUUCAGCAUUUAUCUCAAUCUCUUGGUGGUAAGGGUGGUGGAAAACCAGAAUCAGCUCAAGCAUCGGGCACAAAUUACGAGAGCGUCGAUGAAAUACUUCAAUUGGCCACUAAAUUUGCCCAAACUAAAUUGGCUUAAAUUGAAGAAAAGAAAAAAAGACUCGCAUAAUCUUUGGCCUUUGAUUACUCAAAAUUAUAAUUACAUAUGCAGACACACAUACAUACUAUACUCCAGAUGUGGGACUGUUCCAAACAGCAUUUACAUUGAAUUUUUGGCUUAUUUAUCAAAUAAAGUAAUACAAGCUUUUGUAAACUUUCUAAAAAUAA